AUGGUCGACACUUUCGAGCUUACUGGGCCCAGAUGCACACAUCAGUGUAUUGUCCACGAGCCGCUAUUGACCAGUCUGUUGCAUUUCCAAGCAACCUUGGACCCUACGAGUCUUCCGGAGGAUAUGCUCAAGGGAGCACUGCAGCAGUUAUUGCUGGCUCUUGAUUAUCUACACUCCGAAGCACGAGUAGUACAUACUGAUAUACAAGCCAAGAACAUUAUCAUCAGCGCUAAACAUGAUUCGGUUUAUCAUGAAUGGGUCGCCAACCAGGCGAAUGAUCCAACCCCACUAAAGGUUGACGGUGACUACACUGUUUAUCCAUCACGGCCGUUCCAUCGUAAGAAAGGAUGGAACGGCUUCGGAAUGCCACUACUUUCAGACUUCGGAGAAGCUCGUUUAGGGGAAGUCUAUGAGGGAUUGAUCCAGCCGGACAUUUACCGUGCGCCAGAGGUCAUUCUUGGAUUGAAUUGGACAUCCAAAGUCGAUAUAUGGAACGCUGGUGUGUUGAUAUGGGACCUUUUUGAAGACCACCAUCUAUUCGACGGUAGAGGCCCGGAUGGCAGGCAUUCGGAUGCACAUCUUCUCGCUGAGAUGGUAGCGAUGCUGGGUCCUCCGCCUUGUAGCUUUCUUCGCAACUCUCCCCAUGGCUCCAAAUACUGGGAUUCCUCAGGUCAAUGGAUAUCUUCUGUCGAAAUUCCAGAUAACUCAUUAGAAGUCUCGGAAGAGUAUCUGGUGGGUGAUAACAAGAAGAUGUUCCUGCGGUUUGUUAGAAAAAUGCUGCAAUGGGAUCCAGAGGAGAGGCAGAGCGCUCGUGAACUCCUAACAGAUCCGUGGUUGACGUCUCCGUAG